GGGCGUCCUUCGCCUACUCGAGCACGACGAAAGCCACUCCCUGGAGGACUUCCUCCAGCGGCAGCAGCUACGGGCCGAGGAGCUGGCGAAUGCAUCUGUCUCGCGAGUUCUCGAGCUCGUGUCCCAGAAGGCUUUCUGGGAUCGGCUGCAGCCUUUGCUGCGUGAAGUGGGUCUCAUCCCUGAGGUCGAUCCUCAGACGCAGAUCCGUGUUGAGGCGGAGCGAGCACGGGUGCAGGAGCAGCUCCGCAUCGAUGCAGGUGUGGCGGAGAAAGUGGAGCGCAUCAGGAACCAGCAAUGGGUGAUGGUGUAUGAGGCCAUCGCUGCAGACUUUGACAGAGCGCUGCC